CCUCCUCCCUGGCUUGGACACGGCCGGUGGGAGGGAUCUGUGGCUGUCAGCAAGAGGAGAAACAAGAGAGCAUGUGAGGGAGCAGAGCCGGACCUGGGAAGGGCAGCAGGGAAGUUCAGUUCCUGCCUUGGGAAGCAGGGAAGCGGCUCUCGGUGUGUGCGGCUCCAUCCCGUCUGGAGGAGCUGUGGCAGCAGCAGAGGAUGGCUCCAUGGAUGCGGACGGGAUAAAGGAGCUCUGCCUGCUCUGGGAGCUGGAAUGCUCUGUGCCCAGGAGAGCCUUUCCCCUUCCCUUCCCGGGUGCUGAUGUUCACGUUGCUUGUGAAGCGGAUCACGACUCCAGACUGGCUCCAGACCCUCAUGAGGCUUCGCUGCUGGAUGGAACCCACGUCCUGUGAGCCACAGGGUCUUUGGGCUGUGUCAAGAAGGGAAUGCUGGAAGGAAAAGUCACUUCUGUGCCCUUCACUGCAAGCCAAUGAGCAUCGGCAGCCAGGUCUGGUUUGGGGGACAGCCCUGUGACAACCUGUGCUGUAAUCACUUCCCAUGGACCAGGGAACUUGCUGAGCUGACCGGUGCAGGAGCAAGCACCCUAAUGAUGAACCUGCCCUCCCUGUGCAAGGAUUCCCGUGUGCUCCUAUAGCAUUCCCUUUAGGAGAGGAGCACACCAGCGAGCUGGGAGCAGGAGAGAGGGCUCCGAGGUCUUCCAGGCAUUGGAAGCACUGUGGGUGCGAUGGGGUCUCAUGCAGCAGCACUGGUGUUCAUCCUGGCCCUGCAAGUGUCCUCUCCGGCUUCUGGGAGCAAGCUCCAGCCCCAUAUGCCCAAUGUGUGUGCGGAGCCGGAGCUGUUGAUCGUGGGGCACCGGCAGCCGCAUGUCCAGGCCCUCACCCGCAGCAUCCCAGUAUGGAAGCAGGACUGCGGCACACGGCGGUGGUGCACGGGCUACGAGCGGAGAACCGGCUAUUACACGGGCUACAGGCAGGUCUACAAGGUGACGUACCAGACCACGUACAAGUGCUGUCCAGGCUGGUCCCGGCUUGAAGGCGAUACCGGCUGUCUCUACCCUGCCUGCGGUUAUGGGGUUUGUUUCAAUGGUGGGAUCUGCGCAGAGGGAUCAUCGCAGCUCUGUCAUUGCUCCUCUGGCUUCCAAGGACCCCGCUGUCAGUACGAUGUGAAUGAGUGUGAGGUGGGGAACGGCGGCUGCGAGUCCCAGUGCUGCAACACCAUCGGGAGCUUCUACUGCAAGUGUGCGAUGGGGCUGAGGCUGGCGCAGGAUGGGAAGGCGUGCGCAGAUAUUGAUGAGUGCCAGGUCCACAAUGGGGGCUGCCAGCACAGAUGUGUCAACACCCUUGGAUCUUACUAUUGUGAAUGCAAGCCAGGCUUCCGCCUGCACACGGAUGGCAGGACCUGCAUUGCUGUGAACUCGUGUGCCCUGAACAACGGCGGCUGUGAGCACGACUGCGUGCAGGUGACGCUGGCACAGCACCGGUGCCAGUGCCGGCACAACUACCAGCUAGGGGAGGAUGGCAAGCGCUGUGUCUUGAGGAACCCCUGCAGCGACAGGAACGGGGGAUGCAUGCACCGGUGCCACAACCACCGUGGGACACCACACUGCGAGUGCCACCCCGGCUACCGGCUGGCUCCCGAUGGCAAGGCCUGUGAAGAUGUGAAUGAAUGCCUGGCUGGACUGGCCAUGUGUGCACACCAGUGUCUCAACACCCGUGGCUCCUUCAAGUGUACCUGUAACCCAGGCUAUGAGCUAGGGGCUGAUGGCAGACAAUGCUACCGGAUAGAAAUGGAGAUUGUGAACAGCUGUGAAGCCAACAACGGGGGCUGCUCCCAUAGCUGCCACCACACCAGCUCUGGCCCAGUCUGUACCUGUAACUUUGGCUAUCGGCUCGAAGAGGACCAGAAGACAUGCACUGAUGUCAAUGAAUGUGACAGUGGUUCUCACUGUUGUCAGCAAGACUGUUACAACUACCCUGGAGGCUACGAGUGUGCCUGCUAUGCUGGGUACCGGCUGGGCACAGACGGCUGUGGGUGUGAUGAUGUGGAUGAGUGCUCUGCAAACAACGGUGGCUGUGAACACACGUGCCAGAACCAGCCAGGGUCCUUCCAGUGCAGCUGCGACAUUGGACACAAGCUGCAUGAAGACCGAAGGAGCUGCAUCUCUAUAGGGGACACUGUGGAAGCUCUGGAUGGUCGGCGCCCCGUUAUCCGCCCAAUCCCUCACGUCGCAAUCCUGCGGGAUGAAUUCACCCAGCUCUUUAAUGAUGACUAUGAGGAAGAGGAGGAAGAGAUGGAGGCAAGAGGAGAGCAUACCCUUACAGAGAAAUUUGUCUGCCUGGAGCACACCUUCGGCCCUGACUGCAGCCUGACCUGUGAGGACUGCCAGAACGGAGCCCCAUGCAACGCAGAGCAGAGCGGCUGCGAGUGCCCUGCAGGCUGGACCGGCAUUGUCUGCAACCAGACCUGCCCAGCCGGCACCUUCGGGGUGAACUGCAGCCUGUCCUGCCGCUGCCAGAAUGGGGGCUCCUGUGACCCUGCCACCGGUGCCUGCCGCUGCCCGCCCGGCGUGGCCGGAGAGCUGUGCCAGGAUGGGUGCCCUAAAGGAUUUUAUGGGAAGCAAUGCAGGAAAAAGUGCAACUGUGCCAACCGGGGUCGUUGCCAUCGGAUUUACGGGGCCUGUCUGUGUGAUCCUGGCUUAUACGGACGGUACUGCCACUUGGUUUGUCCGAAGUGGGCAUUCGGUGCCGGCUGCUCGGAAGAGUGCCGCUGUGUGCAGGAGCACACACAGGACUGUGACCGGAGGGAUGGCUCCUGCCAAUGCAAACCCGGCUACCAUGGCAAGCGCUGUGAGAGCGAAUGUGACCCUGGCUAUUAUGGGGAUGGCUGCAAGAAGAAGUGUAGCUGCUCGCCAGAAGUGUCCUGUAACCAUGUCACUGGGGAGUGCCUGAAGGAGUGUCCCCAAGGCUACCAUGGGGAAAACUGCGAGCAAGAGUGCCCCGAGGGGCGCUUCGGGGCCGGGUGCCGUCGGUCCUGCGCCUGCGGGGGAGCUCCCUGCGACCCGAGCACGGGGCAGUGCCGCUGCCGGCCCGGCUGGACGGGACAUGACUGCGCACAAGCUUGUCCUGAAGGUCACUGGGGCCCAGGCUGCCAGGAGAUCUGUCCGGAGUGUGCAAACGGUGCCCGCUGUGAUCCGGCCACUGGAGCCUGCCUGUGCCUGCCUGGAUACACCGGCCAGCGCUGCCAGGACGUGUGUCCCCCCGGCUGGUUCGGUGCCGACUGCCAGCAGAGCUGCAGCUGUGGGAACGAGGGCCAUUGCCAUCCGGUGACGGGGACAUGCAGCUGUGCCGCUGGAUGGACGGGGUACAACUGUCAGAGAGCCUGUGACGUGGGUCGCUGGGGCCCCGACUGUGCCCACACCUGCAACUGCAGCAACAGCGAUGGGAGCUGCAGCGCGGAGACGGGGCAGUGCUCCUGCGAGGCUGGAUACACGGGCAGCCACUGCCAGCACAAGUGCCCAGAGGGAUGGUUUGGGCUGAGCUGUUGGCACCGGUGUCAGUGUGAGCAUGGGGCUGCCUGUGACCAUGUCAGUGGGGCCUGUACGUGUAGCCCGGGCUGGCGAGGGACCUUCUGCGAGCACCCCUGUCCUGAUGGAUUCUAUGGACUGGAGUGCCAGCAAGCCUGCGACUGCCUCAAUGGUGCCCGCUGCGACCACGUAACAGGGCAGUGCUACUGUGCCCCUGGCUGGGACGGGCCCCGCUGCGGCCAGGUGUGCCCGGAGAACAGGUAUGGCCAGAACUGCAGCCGGACCUGCCAGUGCCUCAAUAACGCAACCUGCAGCCACAUCAGCGGCCGCUGCCUCUGUGCAGCCGGGUGGACGGGACCCAUGUGCCAGCAAGCAUGCCCGGCAGGUUCCUAUGGGAAGAACUGCCUCCAGCGCUGCCUCUGCCAGAACGGUGGCACCUGUGACCCUGCCACAGGGCUCUGCGCUUGUCCUGCAGGGUGGACAGGGCUGGCCUGCGAGCAGGAGUGUGCCCAGGGGCAGCACGGACCUGACUGCCUGCAGCGCUGUGAGUGCCACCAUGGAGGGCUCUGCGACCGCCGCACUGGGCUCUGCACCUGCCAGCCCGGCUGGACCGGAGAGAGCUGCGAGAGCCCUUGUCCAGAGGGGCUGUUUGGGGCAGGCUGUGAAGAGCACUGUGACUGUGGGGACAAUGUGACGUGCCACCAUGUUACUGGUGCUUGCGAUUGCCCCCGCGGCUGGAGGGGCCGGCGCUGUGAGAAAGCCUGCCUGCCAGGAUCCUAUGGGAAGGGCUGUGCCAGCCGCUGUGCCUGUCCCCAUGGAGUGCCCUGCGAUCACAUCACCGGCCGGUGCGGAUGCCUGCCCGGAUUCAUGGGCCCUGCAUGUGAAAAGGCCUGCCUGCCAGGGACCUUCGGUGAGGGCUGCAGCCAGAUGUGCCAAUGUGCCGGAGCCACCCAGGAGUGCCACCCGGUCACCGGAGCCUGUGUCUGUGCCCCUGGCUUCCAUGGUCCUACCUGUGAGCUGGGAUGCUCCCCCGGCUGGUACGGCCGGGACUGUGGAAGGGCUUGUGAGUGCAAGAACGGGGCCUCUUGUGACCCUGCCACGGGGAUGUGCCAUUGUCCCGCAGGAUACAUUGGUGCUGACUGCAGCAUCGGAUGUCCUGCUGGUCACUAUGGCAAGGACUGUGCACAGGUGUGCUCCUGUGGGGAGGGUGCUACCUGUCACCCCAUCACCGGAGACUGCGUUUGCCCACCAGGAAGAGCUGGUCCCACCUGUGAGCAAGGCUGUGAGAAGCACCGGUUUGGGGUGGGCUGCCAGCAGACCUGCUCCUGCCGCAAUGGGGGUCUGUGCCAUGCAGCUGAUGGCUCCUGCUCCUGUGUGCCCGGGUGGACCGGGGAGUCCUGCGAGUCAGAAUGCCCACCGGGAUCGUACGGUGCCAACUGCCAGUUCCGCUGUGCCUGCCUGCACAACGCCUCCUGUGACCCGGGGACAGGAGCCUGCCGCUGCCCCGCAGGGUACUAUGGGCCCCUCUGCGAGCACAGUUGUCCCCCAGGUUUCCAUGGAGCAGGCUGCUGGGAGCACUGCGACUGUGAGCAUGGAGCAGGCUGUGACCCUGUCACCGGUCACUGCCGGUGUCCUGCUGGGCUGCAUGGCGAGCGCUGCCAGACAGGCUGCAAGGAAGGAACGUAUGGAGAGGGAUGCCAGCAGCUCUGCGACUGCAUCGGCAACGCAUCCUGUGACCCGACCACGGGGCACUGCCUGUGCCCCCCGGGGAAAACCGGCCUCAAGUGUGACUCAGACUGCCGACCGACCGAGUAUGGCCCUGGCUGCAGCCUGCCCUGCCAGUGUGCCCCCAGCAGCUCCUACUGCGAUGCUCGCAAUGGCCAAUGCCUCUGUCUGCACGGGUACACGGGACCGACCUGUCGGGAAGGUGGUACCCCCCGUCUGCCAUCGGCUGAGCAUCCCUCCUCAGUCCCAGGCUCAUCUCCAUCCCAGGGUGGGCUCUGGCCAGCAGAGCACUAGGGCCUGCAGCCACCUCCCACACUGUGGCCAAGCGGCCACCUGAAGAGUCAGUGACCUAUUGAAUGAACCUGUUUACAAGCCACGUCCUGACAGCCCAAGCUGCUGCUUCUGGAGUUGUCUGAGCCAGGCUGGAGCACCCAGUGUCACCAGUUCCACCACAAUGGCACGUGCUGGGCUCCCCAUCACGCACAGCGACACCGGCCAGACAGCAGCAGAAACAGCUCAGAAGCCAUUGCUUCUCACAAGCAGACUUGGAUAGCUUCUGGCAAACUGCUGCCCUUCUCUUUUUGGUGCUGGGCUUGGGGAGGGGGCUGGAGUUAUGGCCCAAACCAGGUAUUUAUGCACCCAUACUUAUGGGAAGCUGUGCGCUGGUGGUGUCAGGACUGAUGCUGAAGGCGCCCGGCUCUCCUGCAGGAGUGCCUCCUCCCCUGGACCUUUACAUCUGGAUUUGCAAUGGUCUCUUACUGCAAGUUAUUGGAGGUGUUGGGCUCUGGCACUUACCCACAGUCCUGCAGAGCGGGUGCCUCCAUCAGUCCAGCAGAGGCAGUGCCAUCCCCACCGUGAUGCUGAGCCUUCAGGGGGGCAGGAGCCUGUCUUUCAUACCAGGAGUGAGCAUCCCAUGACAUCUGCUUCAGUGAACAAGAAGCCUAAAUUAAGUGUGUUAAUCCAAGAUACACUGUGGAUAGACACAAACCUCUUGCCUGGCCUGGUCAAUGCAGAACCCUACUUGAAUGCUCCCACCCCAACCCGGGACAUGUGUUAUUUUGGCUCUGGGAAGGGGAUGGAGGUGGGAACAGCAGCUGGAUCCCAACUCAAUGGGGAACACGGAGCCACAGCAAAGCCUCGGCUGCCGCCUGCAGCAACCAGGAACACAAGAGCCCAGCACAGCCCCAACUGCUCCAUGGAUUUGCACAGAGCUGUGGGGAGCAGAGCCCCAGAGCUGCCCAUGGCAGCAGACACCAGCUCUGCCAAGGGGACGGGCUCUCCCCAGCCAGCACAUCUGCCUCUGCUGCUGCAGCCCAGCCCUGCCCGGGCACUCGGCCUUUAAGUUAUUGCCACAGGGGCCAACUGAGAAUAAUAAAAGAAUUGUUUCUUUCCCGAUGGAUUCAUUUUCAUCUGCACAGAACGUGUCAGGUUGGGCCAAUUCUUGCAUCUGAUUUCUUCCUUAACAGUAUUUUUGCCUUAGAUGUCACUGUUGUGCAGAAACGAUGUUAAUCUAAGGCCGUAGUGAAGGACCAAACUGGUGUCAUUAGGUUGGAUGGUGACCGAUCGGUACCAGGGAGGAGGAAGAGUUUGUCCGUGUGCCAAACGCCUGCGGCCCCCGCUCGUGGCGCUGCCCCUGCUCCAGACAAUGCCACCUUUGGUGCCCUUUGCCUUGGGGCGGCCGGGGCAGAGCCCCCAGGUUCCUGUGUGCUCCCCGGGCAGUGCCAGCCCCGCACCGGGCGCCCAGCACCCGAGCCGGGCUCUGCAGGGCCAGCGAGGAGCCAGCCCAUGGCAAGGGAGGCAGCGCGUCCCACGGCCACCGCAGGGCAGGGAGGGCUCUGCCUCUGUGGAGCUGCUCCAGGAGAGCACGGACCCAUCCCUGGCCUUAUCCGUGGGGAUGGAUCCGUCCUGUCCUGUCCCAGCACAGGGGCCUGAGCUGCAGCUCUGUGGCUGGGAGUAUCUCAUCCGUCUGAGGAACUCUGUACCUGUAUUUUUAUAUCAUGAUUUGUUCUCCUCUUCAUAUUUAACACAGUUUGUUUCCGUAUCUCUUUCCAUGUAGCCAGUGUCUCACUGCUUGGAUCCCACCUCUUCUAUUUAGAACUGAUGAAAAACCUGAAUUCUUCCACAGUUAAGAGAAAUAAACAGAAAGCCUCACUUAUCUCCAUUGA